UUGCUCUGUUUGCUUCCCCAGUGUGUUGACCUACAUAUUCAUGAUUGAUGUUUCCUUGCCAAACACUGCUGCAACUAAAUCUCCUCGUGUCCAUGAAUUCACCACCCGGAUACUUGAAAACCUCAAACCCCUCAUGGAGGCGGACGAAGAAAUUCAGAAUCACGUCCUGGAAGAGAACGGGGUUGGGGAGCAGGAUGAGCGAACUCAGGGCAUUAAACUCUUGAAAACAAUUCUGAAGUGGUUGAUGGCGAGCGCAGGACGGUCUUUCUCUACAGCUGUCACAGAGCAACUCCAGCUCUUACCUUUGUUCUUCAAGAUUGCACCCGUGGAAAACGACAAUAGUUAUGAUGAGCUCAAGAGAGAUGCAAAGAUGUGUCUGUCCUUGAUGUCUCAGGGUUUGCUGUAUCCUCAGCAAGUGCCUUUGGUACUUCAGGUGCUAAAACAAACAGCAAGAAGCAAUUCUUGGCACGCCCGUUACACCAUCCUAACCUACCUCCAGACCAUGGUGUUCUACAACCUCUUCAUCUUCCUCAACAACCCCGAGGCCGUCGAUGACAUCCGGUGGUUGGUCAUCCAGCUCCUGGAGGACGAGCAGCUCGAGGUGAGGGAGAUGGCAGCCACCACGCUCAGCGGGCUCCUGCAGUGCAACUUCCUGUCCAUGGACCAGCCCAUGCAGACACACUUCGAGCAGCUCUGCAAGAUGAGGCUGCCCAAGAAGCGGAAGCGGGACCUGGGCUCCGUGGGGGACACCAUCCCUUCGGGGGAGCUGGUGAAGCGCCACGCCGGGGUCCUGGGGCUCAGCGCCUGCAUCCUCUCCAGCCCCUACGACGUGCCCACCUGGAUGCCCCAGCUCCUCAUGGAUCUCAGUGCCCACCUGAAUGAUCCUCAGCCUAUCGAGAUGACUGUGAAGAAGACGCUGUCCAACUUCCGCAGGACCCACCACGACAACUGGCAGGAGCACAAGCAGCAGUUCACGGACGACCAGCUCCUGGUGCUCACCGACCUCCUGGUCUCGCCCUGCUAUUAUGCAUAGGUUUCUCCCGGGACAACGAGGAUGUAGGAACUUGUCUGCGAAAUAAAGGAGACUCAAAAGCAACUGAUCAUGUAGAGAACUUUGUGUUGGAAAUCCCAAUGCCUAAUCAAACCCACUUUUAAAAAUACAAACCUAAGGACCUGGUUCUAUCCAAAAGGAAUUUCACCUCCCCAGGGAGCAGCUGUGGGAGCCCCCACAGUCCCCCCGUGGCUGCGUUCGCGGGGCCCGAUCGUGAGUUCGUGGCAAGACCCUCCUCCUGGGCCUGCACCACACAUCACUCUUGUUUCUGCUUCCUUGCACACGGUGACCUCCACUGCACACUUCCCACCCUCUCUUCCUGCCCCCUGUUCCCAGCUGAUUGCAGCAUCACAGAUAUGCAGAACCGGAGAGUGCCGCCGCGCCCCGGAGCUCUCGCAGCAGAGCUCUGCACCCCUGCCCUGCUCAGCACACGAUCCCGGGAGCCUGCCUUCCUCAGAGUUUAUUUUUCACUCCUGGGAUUUGGGUCUCAUCCAGCCAGCUCAGGGCAGGAUUGCCUUUUUGUACCUUCCUUGUGCAGAUGUAAAUAGCUGUGACCCCUGUGCGGCGCGGGUGGUGGCCGGGCAGAGCGCGGGGAGGGACGGCUCCUGCUGCCCGGCCAGGCCUUUGGAGGGAACUUGGCCACAGGUGGAAUAUAAAUCUAUGAUUAUCUGCGUAUUUGUGAGGGGAAAAGACUGAUGUCUCCAUGUAAUUAGAGCCCAAGAUAGGAAAUGAUGGACUGUAAGUGGUGGUUGAACUCACGGAAUGAUAUGUAUGCACAGUGUGGAAAGGCAGUUUUUAACAGUGUAUUCCCAUAAAGAUUGUCACUGUUUGAGCAAACAUAUCUCGUUUGAAGAUUGUGGAAGCUCUGUGGUUUUUUUGCCUGAAGCUUUGUUCAGAGACUGGUAUGAAUCGGCUGUUUAAUAACCUGUUUAAUAUGUGUUACAUAGUUGUAAAAGACUGUAUAAAUUGUAGAGGCAUUGCAUUGACGAAACAUUGUACAGUUUGCAACCUUUUACAUAACACCAUUGUGAGAUUUAAUUUGUAAAGAUUCAUACUUAGAUGUUAAUACAGUAGUGGUUCUGGCUUUUGUAUCGAAUCAAAAUGCCAUUCUUAGUUUUUUAAAUUAUUUUCUUUAACGGAAUCUCUUGGCGCCCGAGAGGCAAGAGAAGGGUUUGUUUUGGUUUUCCCCGUGUCUCAUUCUGGCCGUGUCUCACUCAGAUCUCACUGCACCACGUGUGUGCUGACAUCACAUGGAACGGGUGGUACGUGGGAACAGCCCCUCAGCUGGUGUGUGUUCCCUGUUCCCUGCAGCCCCCCGGGAGCACCAAGACCUUUCUCCGAGCGUGUGAGCGAUCCCAGAGUCGGGAGCUCCCGGGGCAGCGUGGGAGCGGUGUGGGCACACGGAUGUACCCCUGUAUAGCGUAGUGCCAAACUCUGAGCUCAACUGUGUACGUAGUGAACGACCCAAUAAAUGGACUGUUUGUAACAA